GAUCCCCCCCAUCCUUUCCUCCUCCUCCCGCUUUCUUUCCUUUUAUUCCUCACAUUUUUCUGCCUUCCUUUUAUUUUUACGGGCCUUUCAUCCUGCACGGUGGCGGUGCUGUGUGUGUCGGGGGGGCUGCUGCCUGCUUUCUUUAUUUAUCCCCCCCCUCUCGUUGCUCCCCUCCUUUUUUCCUUUCCCUUCGUCUCAUCCCCUCCCCAUUAACUGCAUUUUUGUUCGGUCUGACAGAGCCGGCUGAGGGUUGUUGGUUGGAACAAACCCUCCGUUCCCACGGGUCGGGUCGGUGGGAGCCGCUCCGCUUUUGUUCCUCCGUGUGUCUGUGUUUUUUGGGGUGUGUGAAGUUGUGCUCCUUGUCCCCCCGUAGAGAAACGCCCCGCGUGUGGCACCGGCUCCCAGCUAGAUCUGGAGAUGGACGCGGAGAAGGGGAAGCAACGCCAGUACUCCCAGAGCCAAGGCGAGACAGAGAGGGCUGCCAAAGUAGAGACGUUCCCUAGAGAACUGUAGCUUGACUUAGCGGCAGUUUGGUAGGAAGUUGGAAGGCUAUAGUGAGCUGCGGGGCCUGGCGCUCGUACCCACCCGUGCCAUCAUCUACCUCCAUCAAUCUGGAGCCUCAUCGACACGUCUCCCCAGGCAGCUGCGGCCAUCUGGCUUCUGAGGCCAGCCUGAUGGCGGAGCCUCGCUUCAACAACCCCUACUUCUGGCCGCCUCCCCCCACCAUGCCCAGCCAGCUGGACAACCUCGUCCUGAUCAAUAAAAUCAAGGAGCAGCUGAUGGCGGAGAAGAUCCGGCCCCCACACUUGCCCCCCACUUCCGUGGCCUCCCAGCAGCCCCUCCUGGUGCCUCCCUCUCCAGCUGAAAGCGGCCAGUCCAUCAUGUCCCUCCCUAAGCUGCAGCAGGUGCCCGGCCUCCACCCGCAGGCAGUCCCACAGCCAGACGUGGCUCUGCACGCUCGGCCAGCCACCAGCACCGUCACAGGGUUGGGGCUGGCAUCCCGCGCGCCCACAGUCAGCACCUCCGAGUCCAGCACAGGCACCACGACCCCUUCCACACCCACCUCCACCAGCCAGAGCCGCCUCAUCGCCUCCUCGCCCACCCUUAUCUCAGGAAUCACCAGCCCACCCCUCCUCGACUCCAUAAAGACAAUCCAGGGCCACAGCUUGCUGGGGGCACCCAAGACGGAGCGGGGCCGCAAGAAGAUCAAGGCGGAAAACCCUUCAGGGCCACCCGUCCUCGUGGUCCCAUACCCCAUCUUGGCCUCGGGGGAGACGGCCAAAGAGGGCAAGACGUACAGGUGUAAGGUCUGUCCUUUGACAUUCUUCACCAAAUCGGAGAUGCAGAUCCACUCCAAGUCGCACACAGAGGCCAAGCCCCACAAGUGCCCCCACUGCUCCAAGAGCUUCGCCAACACCUCCUACCUGGCCCAGCACCUCCGCAUCCACCUGGGUGCCAAGCCCUACCCCUGCCGCUACUGCCAGAAGGCCUUCCGCCAGCUCUCCCACCUGCAGCAGCACACCAGAAUCCACACCGGCGACAGACCCUACAAGUGUCCGCACCCCGGCUGCGAGAAGGCGUUCACACAACUCUCCAACCUCCAGUCUCACCAGCGACAGCACAACAAGGACAAGCCCUACAAGUGCCCGAACUGCUACCGGGCCUACACGGACUCGGCCUCGCUGCAGAUCCACCUCUCGGCACAUGCCAUCAAGCACGCCAAGGCUUACUGCUGCAGCAUGUGUGGCCGCGCUUAUACCUCGGAGACGUACCUGAUGAAGCACAUGUCCAAACACACGGUGGUGGAGCACCUGGUCAGCCAGCACUCUCCUCAAAGGACCGAAUCCCCCGGCAUCCCCGUGCGGAUCUCGCUCAUCUAAGUGGGCUCCAUCCCACCCCGCUGCUGCCGGAGGGGGGGGAUGACACCGUGUUGCCCCCCACCCCCAGGCCCGGCCUCCACCCUGGGGGCUGCAGGUUUGGUGACAUCCAAAGACGGUUUCAGAGCACUUUGAAUCUGCAGUUUUCUUGGGGUUGGGGAGUGUUCAUGGGGGGGGUGUUGCAGGGGGGUUGUUCUCCUUCGCUCCGCUCCCCCCCACCCUCCGCCUCCCCACAUUUUGGAUACAAAUAUAUAUAUAUAUUUAUUGGCCAAGAAGUCGGUGCUGCUAACACAGAAAGGAAAUCAGACGCGGAACGGAGCGCAGCGGGCGCCAGACCCCCCCCCUCCUCCCAGCCAGGACUGUUUGGAGCAGAGUAGGGUUUGGGGGGGGGGGGGUGCUUUGUUUUGGGUUGCGUUUGAUUUUAUGGACGUUUUCCCCUCUGGGUUUGCUCCCCCCACACCGGACUCCAUUGCUGGGAGCAGCCGGGGAAGCGCCAGGGGUCCGCGUGCCUCUGUGUGUACAUAGCCCUGUGUACAGAGCCGGGGGGGCCCUGCUCCCCGCAGAGAGACUCGACAGAAACUCAUCUAUAUUAUGUACUCUUUGGUUCCGUUUUGGAUAUUAACUGUGUUAUUUUUUAUACACUUUUUAAGCCUUAACUCGUUGUUUUGCCAGGGUGUUUAUUACCUUCUGUUUAUUCAUUUGAGUCCCUUCCCCUCCCCCCUCCACCUUUGCCCCCCAUCCAUCCACCCUCUGGCUCCUUGUUUCCCCCUCGGUGUUGUACGAUACUCAAUAUUGUAACCUUUUUUGUCAGCAUGUUAAUACUGUGUAAAUACGCCUCUUAUACACACACUGUUAACGCCUCUCCCCCCCCCCCCUUUAUUACCCAACCUCCCCAACCAGCCCGUUUGGGGCCUUUUUUUUUUAUGUUCCUAGCUGGAAAUCCAGGCCACGCGUCCCUAGAGCUAGUGAUUGCCUUCUUAAUAAAGGAGAAAGAGAGAAGAGACACCCUCUCUCCCCACCUCUUCCCUUAUCCCCCCCCCCCAGUGUCUUGCAUUGUGGCUCAUGGAGGAGAUGGAGGGGCAGCUGUGGCCACGGUUGGAAACAGCAGGGACCCCCCCCAGGUCCCCCUGCAAAGCAGCGCCCGUUUGGGAGAGGAAAGAAAACAAGAGAAAAGAAUAAAAGAAAAGGAAACAAAA